AUGUCGGCCGCAUCGCAGGCCAUGUUUGCGACCCUGUCACCUUACAACAAGAGACUCCAGCAGAGCCUCCACCUCCCUACUCUCGUUCUGAGAGUCGUGAUAUCGUUCCUUCUAUUUCAGAGCGGUAUCAAGGGCUACUACUUCGUGCCCCUAGCGCCUACUAUCGUGGCCUUGAUCUCCCUCCACCAACUCCCCUUCCUAAGCCAGUCCCCAACACACCUGAGUAGGACGCAGAAGGGUGGCUACCAGUGUCUCGGCUGCACUGUGAAAACUUACGACGACGAUUCGGCCUUCCGAGUCCACCAUACCGGCUUCGAGACCGACAAUAAUGCGAAACGCGCCGAAGCCAGAGCCUGGAAGGACUGGGUGAACCUCCCCUUCAAGGCAAAGACGUCAGGUGAUCUAGAUGGUCUCAAACAAUUGGGGUGCGAACGUUGUUUGCAGCGAUUGGCACCACUCACCUUUGUGCUGGAUCGACUGCCGCCGUUCCUGGUCGUAAGCUAUGGACUCGAGCAGAUAGGCGCGCAGGCAAAAAAAGAGAUUCUCGAUGACAUUACCGUUUCCGCCUCGCGACCUUGGUUUAAGUGCCCUGCGGCGGACAGAGAGAAGAAGGCUGGGAAAGCGGCGGCAGGUACGGCCACGAAAAAGGACGAAUUGAUCGUGGUUGAGAGUACCGAUGACGACCAUCUUCGAGCCAACGAUACCCCCAGCAAGCAUGGCAAGGGAAAGGACAAGGAACUCGGCAAGAAGAUGUUGAAAGAUUACCUUGAAGUUAAGGCGGAUAUGCGUAGGUAA